GACUUGGCAUGGGACUGAGUUGAGUUUGUGUUGUCGAAGAAGGAGGAAGGGAUAGAGACAGGAGAGGGGGCAAUAGAACAGAGCGAGUGAGAGCAUUCUGGGGGGAAUCCAAUAUGGCAUCGGGCGAUACGCUCUACAUCGAAACAGAUGGCACGGAAAUGCCAGCCGAGAUAGUGGAACUCCAUGAAAUAGAAGUGGAGACUAUUGAGACAACGGUGGUCGGCGGUGAUGAUGACGACGAGCACCACCAGCCCAUGAUUGCAUUACAGCCGCUGGUCACUGACGAUCCGAAUCAGGUUCACCACCACCAAGAGGUGAUCUUGGUGCAGACCCGGGAGGAGGUGGUCGGUGGGGACGAUUCGGACCUCCGUGCAGAUGACGGUUUCGAGGACCAAAUCCUCAUACCUGUCCCAGUACCUGCUGCAGAGGAGGAAUAUAUAGAGCAGACUUUGGUGACUGUAGCCGGGAAGAGCUCUUCAGUGGGACGGAUGAAGAAAGGGGGAGGCGGUAGCGGAAAGAAAGCGGGUAAAAAAAGCUAUCUAAGUGCAGCGGAGGCAAGCGGUAGAAAAUGGGAACAAAAACAAGUGCAAAUAAAGACCCUGGAAGGAGAGUUUUCGGUCACGAUGUGGGCUUCGGAUGACAAGAAGGACAUUGACCACGAGACGGUGGUGGAAGAGCAGAUCAUCGGGGAGAACUCUCCUCCGGAUUAUUCCGAGUACAUGACCGGAAAGAAGCUCCCACCGGGGGGAAUCCCGGGCAUCGACCUCUCCGACCCCAAACAGCUGGCAGAGUUCGCGAGGAUGAAGCCACGGAAGAUUAAAGAGGACGACGCCCCCCGGACGAUAGCCUGUCCUCACAAAGGAUGCACAAAGAUGUUCAGGGACAACUCGGCGAUGAGGAAGCACUUGCACACCCACGGCCCGCGCGUUCACGUCUGCGCGGAGUGCGGGAAGGCUUUCGUGGAGAGCUCCAAACUGAAGCGGCAUCAGCUUGUACACACCGGAGAGAAACCCUUCCAGUGUACGUUCGAGGGCUGUGGAAAGCGGUUCUCCCUGGACUUUAACUUGCGCACGCACGUGCGGAUUCACACUGGAGACCGGCCCUACGUCUGCCCCUUCGACGGCUGCAAUAAGAAGUUCGCCCAGUCCACCAAUCUGAAGUCUCACAUCUUAACGCACGCCAAAGCCAAAAACAACCAGUGAACUGCGAGAGGGACCCUCCCUCUCAAAUCCUCGACACAAACGGCAUCUUAACGAAUGCUCAAAAGAGAAAUAUGACAUCCCUUUGUAUAUUGUUUCUAGAAAAAAAAGUUUUAAAAGAAAUUGUCCAUACAGACUUUUUGAUAAGUAUGGAGAUGAGAAAAGAGGAUACAGAACUGACGGUGAAGCCAUUUCUCCUUCCCCCUCCUCCGCGUCUGGUCCCUGACAGAAGAACCCACCAGCUAUACUAGUAUACUUAACAGAAACGGAACUCAAGAGUUUCCAUCUUGGGACAGUUCUUUGUACUACAGAGCUUAAAGGAAGAAUCAAAUGGUCCAGGUUUUUCAGUCAAGAAUGGUUUUCACUCCUCUGCAUAGAAAAUCGCUUUUUAAUUUUGUAUUUUUUUUUUUCUUCCUCCAAGUGUGCAUAUUGUACACUUAUUUUGGGAUAUGCUUAGUGAUACUAUGUGUGUUUUUUUCCCCCUGAAGAUUGAAAUCUGCUUGUGAUAGUUCUUGGAAGAGAGUCGGCCAUUACUGUACUACAUGCAUACUUUUGGAAGUGUUUUCAUUUGUUUUGUUUACUUUGGGUGUAUUCUUUACUCAUUUUGUAUAAUUGUAACAUACAGCUGUAUUGAGAUCAUGUAGACACUUAUAGCGAUGUGAUUAUAGAUAAUGUUGACUGAUUAAAAAUCCCGUUUUAGUCGUGACACUUUUCUAUUGUGCCUGACAAAUUGCCAGACGCAAAAUAAGAGAAGUGUGUGAUGUUCUUCACUUGCGAGGCCUGUGUAAGUUUCGUUGCACAAAACGUACACAAAAAAUCGACUUAAAGUGGUGCUCAGUUGCAUUGUUAGAAUGUAUUGUGCAGGCAGCAUUAACCCUUGUUAAUUUGUACAUCCUGUGUACUUCAGUGGCCAAUAAUAAAACUGGUCUCAAAGCAAGUGCUUAUUAGAAGCUUAUGUUUUAGAUACUUAUUUUAAAGAUAUCCCAGAUACAAGGUGUAUAUAUAUAUAUAUGUGUAUAUAUAUAUAUAUAUAUAUAUAUAUAUACACAUACAUAUAUAUAUAUAUAUAUAUAUAUAUAUAUAUAAUAAAAUGCACAUACAUAUAUAUUAAGCUAUUUAAAUGAGGCCUCCCUUACUGUGGUGAUUGUUGCCCUAGUUUUCACAAUGUAUUGGUUAAUGAAAAGGGACUGUUCCAUUGUUACAAAAAUAAAAAUGGCUGACCGAAA